AUGUUUGGCGGUGCUAAACCAGAUCAUUACAUCGUAAGCGAUAAUUUUUUUCUCACAACUCAAAUACCAAUCCCAUCAACAGAUUCAAUUCAAUGGAGCCCAAUGACAACAGUAAACGCAAGGCCAGUAUUUGAUCCGGGAUGUAUUGUUGAUGAGACAUUAGGAUAUUUAUUAGUUUUUGGUGGAGGAACCUUUGAUGGAUCAAAUGCCGGAAAAGAAUUCCAAGUCUUCAAUUUUAAUAACAAUACUUGGAAUAAUCCGGAUUGGAUAAGUAAAAGGCCUCCAGAAUUUCAAUAUUAUUUAUUAAGGCCAAGAGCCACAUUGAUUUCACCCGGAAUUGUUUUUAUUUGGGCGGGAUUAUUUGAUCUGCCGCAAAAUGUGACAACUUUGUCAACUGGUGUGUAUAUUUUAAAUAUUACCAAUGGAUGGGAAUGGGAUAGAAUUCAGCAUGAUAGUAUCAUAGUACCUACAAAUUCGGCUGGUGUUGUUCAUGCUAAAGGAAACGCAUUUAUCUUUGGUGGAGCGAAUAAAUCGUCUGGAAAUGGAAAAGAAGUUAGCACCAAUAACUGUUAUAUUUACAAUCUUGCAACAAAUAAAUUUAUCGUACCACCAUAUCAGCUCCCGUUUCUAACUGCAGAUGUUGGUGUUGGCGUACUUAAUAAUAAGUUGUAUAUCGUAGCAAUUUCUGAUGGAUCGAAUAAUCGGCUGCAACAGAUCAAUAUUGUGCCGUUUGAUUUACAAAUUUUAGAAUUUGGUUCAGCGAUUACCAGCGUAAAUACACCUUUCAUUAGAGAUCGUGCAGCAUCUGCUCAAUUCACUGGGUCAGAUGCGUUAUUGAUUCAUGGUGGUACUCGGCCAGGAGAUAAUACAAGUGAUACUAUGAUAGUUUUCAAUAUGACAACAGAAACUUGGAUAAAUUCUGUAAAUAUUGUUACUAAUAUCCCAGAUGAUAAUUUCACACUACCUAGCAUAAACAACGUGACAAUUGAUUCAUCUCUUUCACCAAACAAUUCGAAUUCAAGCCCAAGUUCUUCAUCUUCACCUUCAUCACCGUCACAAUCAAAUUCUGAUAUAUCACAACCUAAAAAUAAUAAUAUAACAUCUGGCGCUAUUGUGGGUAUUGUGAUUGGGGCUUUAUUCCUAAUUAUUGCUGUUUUUGGGGGUAGUUGGCUAUGCGCGAGAAAUCGACGAUUAAAAAGAAAUCAUGAAGUGGAUAAUGAAGUUGUUAAACUAUCUAACAAUAACAAUAAUGGAAACGGGAUUAAUGAAUUUUCAAGAGUAAAUAAUGAAGUUGUUAUAUUAUCUAACAAUAACGAUAAUGAGAUUAACGAAUUUUCAAGAGUAAAUAAUGAAGUUGUUGGAUAA